UAUGAAGUGACGCAACUGGCUCGCAAGGUGCCGUUCAUGUAACAUCCAGGAGGCUGUAACGUUAUAAAACCCACAGUUUAAAGGAAAUGAAUCACACAGACAUGUAACUGAGCUUCUUAUUGUCUGAGACGAUGCUGUGUUUGGGUGUGAACGCGGUGAGAUCGUCGCUGUCUUUACAGAAGCUGUGCAUCCUCUCGCUGCUCCACCUGAGACAUCAGUCCUAUAACUGCACGGUGCAGUCGUGGAGGAGAGGUCAACACAGCGGUACCAUUCGCCGCUUCUCUUCUGGACCAGGUUCACCUACUCCUCCUGUACUGACUGACUCCUCCUCCUGCACUGAACCUGAACCCAGCCACAGUACCUCCACCUGGUCUCCUGACCAGGGCCCGCCGCCCGCUCCCACCCACUGCUGCAUGAGUGGCUGUCAUAACUGCGUGUGGAUCGAACACGCAGAGCAGCUGCUGGCCUACUACCACGACGGCGGCGACCGUGCACUCGCCGCUAUAGAGGAGAACGUCCUCGAUGAGAACCUUAAAACGUACCUGAAGAUGGAGAUUAGGCUCUUGAAAAAGGCAUGAUGGAUUUACUGCUGUGACAUCAUGGAGUGUAGAGUGAAGAAUCUGAAACUGACUGAGUGUUAGCACAGUAUAACACACUCCGGUCACAGAGUUUACCUCCAUGUUUUCACUUCCUCCUUCAGUGGGUCACACACACUGCAGAACAUUUCAGAAAACUGCCACUAGGUACCAGGUCAGUAUGUGAACAGUAAGAGUAGCUGUUGUCCUCAAAAAUCCACCCGUCCUGCCUGAAAUAAUGAAGCCAGAAAGAAUGUUGGCAUUUUAAGUCUCUGCAAACCACAGAUACAUUACGUGUGCAUGUUAUUAUGCAGUGGUUAGUUGAGACGUUGUGUUUCAGCAACACUGUGAUUAAUGUGCAGUUAGGUUUUGGCACAAAAACCACUUGGCUGUGGUGAGGAAAAGAUCACGUUUGGGCUAAAUGAAUCCCAGUUUUGGUGGCACAAUCACAGCUGGAGAAGCCGACGAUGUCUUGGUG